AUGCUCAUCAUGAUCACUUCUGAGGCCAUCAUGGUUGUGUUUGUAUCAUCUCAUUCUUGGUACCCUCCUGCAGGGAAAUACCUCCCUGUAGUGCCCACUCUCCUCCUAUACACCAGCACAGCCAUCCAAUGCAUCCUUGAUUCAGGUGGAUUCCUGCAGAACUGUCACCAGCAACUGAUUGUCAUCUCUUCCCCCAACAGUAUCAAUGCAAUCUUGCAGGGACAACACAGUGUUUUCAAAGGUGAUUCCAUGCAGAUCAAGCUGAUUAAGGAGAUCUCUGGACUGCAGGAGAAUGUCCUACCUUUGCAAGAGAUCCUACAGCAUCAGAUAGCCCCAUAG